AUGCCGCUGAUCCCAGCCGGACUGUCGAGCCUCAACGCGAAGGUCGAGUCCGCCCGCAAGGGGUUCAACUCCUCCCUCGACAAGGCCGGCCAGAAAUCAGGCGUCUUCAAGGGCCCAGCCAACCCGAAAACAGCAGCAGCACCCCCACCCCCACCACCCUCCUACGCCCGGCCAUCGAACUACACCCCUCCACCCCCGCCGCCCGCCAGGAACGACAGGCUCGGCCCAGCCCCGCCGCCGCCACCGCCCACUCGCCAGCCAAACAUCCCGCCCCCACCGCCUUCCAGGGCCCCCUUGCCCCCCCGGAGAUGCGACUCGGAUGCUGCCCCCGACCAAGAAUCCUAUCCGCCGCCAGUCGCCAAGAGACCAGUAGCACCCCCACCCAGCACGGCCACCCCCUACAGACCCCCGCCGACCAGCAACAAUGGGUACGGCCCUCCGAGCAUGGCGCCCGUCCAGCCCACAUCCAGAUACGGCCCGCCUUCCCCCCCUAAAUCGGACUCGCAACUGUACGAGGAAUCCGCGGCCGUCGACGAUCAUUCUGAACAUGCAGCGGAGUGGCCCAGCAGCCAUCCAGAACACCACCAGCCGCCGCCCCCGCCGCCGCCGAUCAUCACGAUGAAGAAGCCGGUCAACUGGCAACACAACCCUGCGCCCCCGCCCGCCCCUCCCAAGAACCUGUCCACUCCGCCCCGCUUCCUCCAUCCCAAACAUGGCCAGAUCCCGUUCCCGCCCUUCUCGCAGUUCACCGCGCAGGACAAGGAGGCCUUUUUCGGCAUGCUUGACGAGUUCUUUGCGCGCAAGUUCCCGGCUCGAGUCCCCGGCGGCCGCCCACGAGAUGGGAAGCCUCCGGUGGCGCUGCAAACCCGGCCGCCUUCGACGGCCCAGGAGGUGCAGAUGCAAGACGAGGGGGUCUGUCGGGCGGAGGAGCUGGCCCGGUAUUUCAAGGGCUAUCGGCAGUGGACCCGGGGGCCCGAGCAAUGGUACAGGGCCGACGAUCCGGUGCCCGAGCCCAUGCGGACCGCCGACGACGUCAAGCGGGUCUCCUGUUGGACGCAGACCGGGGACGAGCGGCGGCAGAUGAACUACGUGCUCUUCCCGGACCUCUCGCAGCUGUGGAGCGAGGUCGUCUUCGCGGUCUCAGACAGCGGGCCGCCGCGCUAUGCGAGCGCGCGCUUCCGGCCGCCUCCGGGCCUCAUCGACGGCCCGACGCUUGCCCAGGCCGCCGACUCCUAUGGCCCCCCGAUCACACAGUUCGCCCUGGACGCCGAGCGGGGCGGGAGACAUGUCGCCCGGGGCGAGUGCUGGGAUCUCGCGAACGAGGCCCUCAAGGCCUGCCCCGUCCAGAACCCCCACAUCCCCCCGCCCCUCGCCAGCAUCUCCCGCACCCAUGGCAUCCUCCUCUACCAUGGCACCGCAACCGCCCCCGGCCAGGGCCAUGGAACUUGGAAACAGCUCCACCAGCUCGGCAUCAUCCGGCCCGGCGAUAUCAUCGAGUGGCGCCUCGUCGCUUGCCGCACCGUCAACCCUGCCCUCUCGUUCACCCUCGGCGACCCCGAUCACACCGCGAUCAUAGUCGAAGCGAGCGGCGCGACGGUCCAUACGAGUCGCUCAGCCGACGCUUGUCCCCCGACGAUGCUGGGGCUCAUCACGGUCAUCGAGCAGUCGCUCAAGCAGCUUCCCGUCCGACGCACCUACGACCUCGCGACUAUCUCGAGGGGCCAGGUCUGGAUAUAUCGGCCUAUGGCCGAGCAGAGGCUGCUCGGACCCGGCGCUAACUCGCCCCAGUUCCCGCCCCCGCAGCCUUCUUUCCUUCCCGCUUGA